CCUAAAAGUCCACAUAAAUCGAUAUGUUUCCCCUAGACCAAGCAAAUAGUGAGGUCUUACGGUAUACAAGUCCGUCAAUGAUACUCAUGGUGGUGGUUGAUGGUGAGGAGGCAGGCAGCGGGCGAUGUCGGAGUUCGGUUUCGCGGUCAGCCAAAAGGGAAAGAGCCGAGGCUCGACUUGCACCCUUUUCGCCAUGGCCGACCGCGUUCGCGUUAGAGGUCUCAGCAUAUUCAGACCUAUAAUAUACGGAAACACCGCUACGCUUUUGACCCCGGAGGAACGAGCUGCGUUAGAUCCUAGCCGCCAUGAACACACUCAUCGCUGGACAGUCGCUGUCCGUAGUGCCGCAUCUGUUCCAGAUUCAGACGUUGUUGGCGGUGCAGACGAUCUUAGCUAUUUCAUCAAACGCGUCAACUUCAAGCUGCAUGAUACAUACAAUAAUCCAAGCAGAGUCGUCGAUAAGCCUCCAUUUGAGGUGACAGAGACAGGAUGGGGUGAAUUUGACAUUCUCAUUCGUAUAACCUAUAUUGCCGACUCGGGUGAAAAGGCCUCCUCUGUUUACCAUCACCUCAAGCUUCACCCAUGGGCUGGUCCAGGGGAACCAGAAAUCCCUUCUAUGGAUGUCGCCCUCAAAGCCGGUCCAGUACACUCUUGGCAGUACGACGAAAUCGUCUUCAAUGAACCUUUCAACAGCUUCUUACACACCCUCACCGCUCAUCCUCCGACGCCCCUCCCAAAGACUAAGAGGAGACCGGUUCCCUUCCACAUCGCAUACCCUGACACGCUGAAAGACACUAGAUUGGCAGAGACACCCGAAUUCAGCCAGGAGAUGGAGAAGGAAGAGGCGGACCGACUUGAGCAGGCGAAAAAGAAAGUUGUGGCGGAGCAGGAGCAGCUGAGAAAUACCUUGAUUGAGAAAGAGAAGGAACUGCAAGAAUUGCAGAAGCUUGUGGGACCUAAUUCGUAGUGGUACGUAUACAAUGAAAUAUAUAAUGUGUAGCAAAUAGUCUUGUAAAUAUGACAUAUCUGUAUAUCAUUGC